CAGUUGUUGGUCGGACAGAGGGUGCUCUCUCCCUCUCUCUCCCCCCCUGUUCGAUUCCACAAUGUAAAGCGAAAAUUCCUGCUUUCUCCUCUCGCUCUCUCUAGACUAAUAAAUUUUCCCAUUUUGUCGCUGCGUAGAUCUCCACUUCUCUUGGAAUCUACUCUGUAACUGAUACUGGGGUGAAACAAUCGAGGUGAAUAAGCUCUGCCAGUUGAUUGUCUGCUUUGGACUGGGAAAUAUGUCAACCGGAACCGUGAGAAGGAUCCCACGUCAAGAUAUUCAACUGGUGCGAAGUCUUAUAGAGCGAUGCCUUCAGCUUGAUAUGAGCCGAAAAGAAGUUGUGGAAACACUUUUGAAUCAAGAAAAGAUUGACCCUGGCUUCACCGAACAUGUUUGGCAGAAGCUUGAAGAGGAGAAUCGGGAAUUCUUUAAUGCAUAUUAUCUGAGACUGAUGGUGAAAAGCCAGAUUAUCGAAUUCAACCGGUUGCUUGAACAGCAAGCUCGAAUGAUGCACCAGAUACACCCAUGUGCAGUGACUGCAUUAUCAAGUUCUAAUGGAUCCCAUGUCCAACCUAUCCACCAGAGCUGCUAUGCACCAGAGCAUACAGGACCUACUUUGAAACAAGAUGAUAUAGAUCACCCCGUUGGUGUCAGCAUAGGCAAUGUUUAUUCUAAUGGUACCCAACCUGUACACUCAACUUUGCACACUGCUGUGGAUAUGUCUUCUCAUACCAGGAAUGAUGCCGCACCUCAGACCUCAAAUGUAGGUCUGUUUCAAGGAAUGAAUGGAGGGAUGAUCAAAGUAGAAACUGGAUAUUCAAACAGUUCUCACUACAUGUUUGGAACGGAGGGCAAUGUCCUUGAUGCACACCAAUCAAUUGGGAACGCGUCAGUUGCAUCUUUUGCUAGUGUUGAUUCCAACACACCAUCCUUCAAUGAGUCACUUCUUGAUCCGGAUCCCUCUUCAUUUGGGUUUAUUAAUCAAAUUACGAGGAAUUUUAGUCUCUCAGAUCUGACCGCGGACUUCUCUCAGGGUUCAGAUAUGCUAGAGAGCUACGGCAGAUGUCCCUUUUUACCAACAGAGGCUGAUAACAUCAUUGAUACUUGUGAGAAUGGAGACCGUCUUGAUAGUAAAAGGUUGGAUAAUGUAUCAGAAAGCCUGAGUUACGAAGAUUUCAGACACAAUUAGCUGUGCAGCAGCUGUACAUUAUGAAAUGCAUUUACACAAACGUUUGGAUCAUGGAAGCUGCUUAUUGAUGAACUUUUUAAGCAGUUGUAUAUGAUAAAAGGCACAUGGGUUUGCUGUCAACCUGAUAAUUGAUGCAUCAAAUAUCAUCAUUUUGUUGCUAUACUUGGGCAGAUGAUUGUACAUAGCAUUGUAGGGCUGAAGAUGCAUUCAGAUCAGCGCGGAAACUUACUGACCGUAUGCGCCAGUUUCACUGACAUUGGCGGAUAAGGAGUUUUCCUUUAGAACACAGAGCCCCAGAUUAUCAUAGCAGGUUAACAUGGAGAAUGGAAAUAAUACAUCACAGUGAUUCUGGAAACAAUUUUAGCUUUCAAGUGAUUGAAUUCCUGAAACUAACCUUUAAUGUUUGAUGGUUUUGCUUGAUGAUUUCAGUAUUGGAAGUGAUUGUAAUGAUCUGAUGAAUAUAUUGAGUGUAGAUUGUAAGAGUGGAAUACAGAAAUGUUGGUUGGGUUGAACUUUGUGAUUGACUGCCAUUGAAGGUGGCUUCACCAUAUUGUCUUUAAUUAAAGAAGCUUCUUGAGGUGAGUUUUAUGCCUA